UUAUAAACAAGUGAUAUAAAUACGAGUUAACUUUCGCCUAAACACCAGUUAGAAUCCUCACCAAAACAUCAACGACAAUUAAUUCAAGAUGAGGUCCACGUUAAUAAGCUGUUUGUUUGUGUGUAUGUUGGUGAUUGAUUACACGUGCGCACAAUGGAGUGUGGAGGGAAAUGUCGGAACCAGCCAAGGCGGCGGAUGGAAAGUCGGGGUCAAGCUCAAAUUCUCGUGGGGGAGAAGACAAAAACGCGAAGUGAAAAUGCAAGUGUUUGACGUAGUGAUGUAUAUGGUGAACAACAAAACCGGAAGUAGCGUUAGAUUGUCUCCAUGUGACUACGCCCUUUAUGACCAAAAUGGCGAUCUGGAAGUUACAAUAGAUGACUUUGAAUUUAUCUUCGAGCACGAUGAGGAACAAAAGCAUCAGCUGGUAAAACUAAUGUUCGACGAACUGGACAUCAAUAAAGACAACAAAAUCUCCGCCAUGGAGUUCGAGGAAAGGAAACACAAUGUGAUUUCUAAGGAUAGCUGCCAAUUGUAAAGAAAAAAACCAACGUGUUGGUUGGAUGACAUUGAAGCUUCCCAAGAGAAUAGUCCCAGUUUCAAAAAUUGAUGCAAGACGAAGAUGUGAAGAAAUUGAUAUUGACGUUUUGUCGAAGUGCAAUAUUUUUAUUUUUGUAUAAAACAAAUGCGUUUUGCAAUUAUUAAAAUUUGAGCUUAAAUCUC